GCAAAAGCUUAUGUGGAAAAAAAGAUGUGUUGUGAAUGGCAUGGCAGUUUUCUUUGUGUAGAUGGGACUCUGUCCCCCUUACAUAAGAAGCCUGUUUGGCACAGGGAAGGUUUCUUCAACAAGAACUCUGACUACUCUCUGACAGCCCAGGUCAUUAUAUUGCCUCACAACCUCCAUAUCAGGGACUACACCAUCAGUGUACCUGGGAGUCUUCAUAACUCAAACAUAUUUGCAUGA